AUGCUCACGGACACCACCACGCGCCUAGAAAACGAUGUGGAGGCCCAGAAGGAGAAACAGGAUGAGUCUACUGAAAUAAUCAAUGAAAAAGCGGUAGACUUGGAGAAUAUGCUCAAAAACACGCACAUGGCUCGAGUCUAUCUCUUCGAAUGGAGUAGCGAUAAAUCCAAAUACGAGGAAGCACAAGCGGUUAGUGAUAAUUAUAAAGAUAAUUUCUGGAAUCACAUCAAGCACAAUAUUGGGACAUGUCAUAGAAUCGUUUCCAAAGAGCUUAUCGCUUCGAAAACGCACGAAGACAUCCUCAAGCGCUUCCAUACAAACGUCAAAGUAUUAUGCAGCAGAGUCCCGCAGUGGCAAAAUAUCUCAUUAACAACAGAAAAAGCACAAGGAAAAGGAAAUUUUCACUCACUGGUAGUACGGGUGCGACCGGCAUCAAACCUCAUAUGGACUGCAUGGGAUUGUGCGUGCCAGUUAGCGUAUCAGAGCACUAAUGAGAAUAUACCGUCAGAGGAUGAACAUGGAGGAAUCCACACAGACACAGAUAAGAAAACGGAUGUUCGUAAGCAGUCACCUGCAAAGGCCAAGGGUAGGCCAAAGGCACCAUCUGAGUAA